UUGAAGCGUUCCAAGAUCUCCCUUGCAUAGUGAGCUUGUGUCAAACUCAAGGUGCGUGCUCCUCGAUUGCGUAUAAUUUGGAUGCCAAGGAAAUGGCGAAGCUCGCCCAGGUGGCGGGUUUUUGCACCGAGAAUGCAGUCGUCAACGUACACAGCAAUGGUUUCACCCGUUUCCAUGUGAAGCGCCAAGAAUUGUUGAUUCAGCAGCAUGGAAGAAUUUGCGGCUUGGGCCACGAAGAUCGUGCGAAGCGACGUCCAGAUUUCAGCAGCGGUCUUGGUGAGAUCAAUCAGCGGCAAGAAUUCAUCGCUCAAUCCCAAGCCAAUGACGGUGAUGGCAAAAAUCCCAAUCUGAUUGUAGCGUCUGCUCAGCGGGACGAGGCUCAGUCCCAUCAACGAUGUUCCACGCUCGUUUCGCAGAGAGGAUCAGCCUGAUUCUUGUCGCCCAUGUGAAGAAAUUCGUGCCACUGAAUUUCUCCACCUUCUCGGUGGAAGCCACGAGAACUUGAGCAGCAACCGGUGGCAGCGGCGGCG